AUGGCCGGCGAACAACGAUCCGCAACAGUCGCGCCUUCAUCCAACCAAUCGGAGAAUUCAGCCAUCAACAAAACGCCCGAAGAUAAUAAAGUUGACGUAAAUAAAGCGAAUACUUCCAGUCAAGAUGGAAAGUGCAAGUUUCACGACAUUUUCACUACUUGCACCGGUUACGAAUCGAACACUUUUACGUCGUAUGCGAAUUUCACAAAUUGGUUACAUCGGCCGGUUGAUGCCUCAGCGCUCGGAGUCUUUCGCAUGCUGUAUGGUUUGGCUAUGUGCAUCGACAUUGCGGAGGAGCGCGGCGGCAGUCAAAUGGAUAUACGCUUCGGCGAGCCACAACAUUGCCAUUUUCCGCUCUUCAAUGGCAUGCGCGCCCUAUCAUUUCCGCUGAUGGGCUGCAUAUAUCUGGUCAUGUGGCUGGGAGCACUCGGCAUAACGCUUGGCUAUCGUUUCCGCCUCAGCUGCCUGUUGUAUAUCGUGCCCUAUUGGUAUAUAUUUCUGCUCGACAAGCCAGCGUGGAAUAACCAUAGUUAUCUGUUUGGUUUGGUUGGUGCUAUCCUACUCUUCACUCAUGCUAAUCGGUAUUGUUCUUUGGACAAACUCCUACAACCGAAUAUGCCGGACACCGUGCCCUAUUGGAAUUAUUUUCUUAUCAAAUUCCAAUUUUUCCUACUCUACAUGUAUGCCGGUCUGAAGAAGUUCACCGCCGAGUGGCUCUCUGGCUAUGCGAUGUCGAGCUUGAGCCAACAUUGGGUAUUCACACCAUUUCGUACGCUCUUGUCGGCUGAAUUGACCGAUCUACUGAUUGUACAUUGGUUUACAGCGAUUUUCGAUUUUACCAUAGCGUUCUUUAUGACUUGGGAGGCGACAAGAGUGAUGGCUACGCCCUUUAUGAUCACCUUCCAUUUGAUGAAUUCGCGUCUAUUUGUGAUAGGCAUGUUCCCUUGGGUCUGUUUGGCUGAGGUGUCACUCUUCUUCGGGUUUAGCUGGCCUCGACGUAUCAGUUUCACGCGAUUAACAAAUCUAGCGUUGGGUAAUAAAUCACCGGCGCAGCAGCAGCCGCUGAGCACAGCAAAUGCGCAAGAGUGCGCGAAAGAGGAUGCAUGCGCGACGGAUCAAAUAGCCGCGAACACAAAUAAAAACCCAACAAGCCCUUGCUUGACGGCUAAAUUGCGUACAGGGCUAAUUUUGGCCUACUGCGCUCUACAACUAUUUCUGCCCUAUUCACAUUUUAUUACGAAAGGCUACAACAAUUGGACUGAAGGGCUCUACGGCUAUUCUUGGAACAUGAUGGUACACACCUACGACACCGUGCUGACAUCCGUGAGACUUGUGGAUAACAAUAAUGGUAAUGUACACUACCUAGAUCCGUAUGCUUUCACCGAAUACGAUCGCUGGACAAAACAUGCCGACAUGGCUUAUCAGUAUGCCAAAUGCAUUGAGGCUAACAUAAGCGAAGAUUAUGCGCGCGAUCCACAGGCCAGCCCACUAAGUUCGACGAACAUUUCGAUUUACUUUGAUAUUUGGUGUUCGAUGAAUGGGCGAUUUCAGCAGCGCGUCUUCGAUCCUCGUGUUGACCUUUUGAAAGCUCAAUGGUCACCAUUCAAACACACCUCAUGGACGCUGCCACUGCUGAACGAAUUGAAUCAUUUGCGACCGAAGCUGAAGACUAUGACCCAUGAGGUAUUGGCUUGGAGUAACUAUUCCGAUGUAAUUUUCGUGGCUGAUUUUCCGGGACUGACGUUGGACAAUUACAUACCAGCGGACUUAACGAAUGUGACGCUGACCAUUUUGGCGGGGAAUGUACGCUAUAAGAGUGACGAUGAGGAUGAAUCGUAUUUCCUUACGGCCGGUAAGAGUUUCGUAUUGAAAAGCGGAGAGACUCAUCAUAUAACCACAAUUGGACAGAAGCCAUCUUCGUACCUCUACACAUUUAUGAAUAAAACUAUGAUCGAUAACGAGUUGCUGAUCGAUGACUACAACAACAAACAGCUCAAGCCUUGGUUACCACUUUGGGAUGAAUUUAGAAAUCGACUGAAAAAUUACAAACAAUUUCUGAAACACAUGGCUAAUUGUUUGUUGUAUUUGCUGUACGAUGUGCCAAUACCUAUGGAAGUGCGUAAACGUAACUAGAGAUUACAACAACACUCGUAUAUGCUGACUUACUCGAAUGCCGUAAACUCGGAAAUAAAAAAGUUCGAAAGGACAUUUUAAAUCAAAGUGUUAAAAUUGUGUGAUAAAUGGAUAAUAAAGUUAUUAA